AGAACAACCCCAUUUCAAUUAUUUAUGUAUAUUUGUAUUCAUUUGCAAAUUAUCAGAAGACAUUUUCCGUCAAGUUGCAAUGUUGAGGUGCCAAUACCGUGCACCGCCACUGAAAGCUGUACUAUCUCGAGCUUCUACGUCCACUAACGUAGAUAAGUUGGCAGAAAUACGUGAGCGGCUAUCAAAAGGACCUAAUUUUGAAGAGUUUGUUCAAAACAAACAGUUACCUAUAAAUGAUUGGGGAAAAUUCGAUGGCAAAUUACGUCGAGAAAAAGGUGAUGACGAACGGUUACGUUUGCCACCUUGGCUAAAGACAACUAUUCCAGUUGGAAAGAACUAUGCAAGCGUUAAAUCUCGAUUGCGAGAACUUAAAUUGUCCACUGUGUGCGAGGAGGCACGCUGCCCCAACAUUGGUGAGUGCUGGGGCGGAGGAGAACAUGGCACUCAAACGGCAACUAUCAUGCUCAUGGGUGACACAUGUACACGUGGCUGUCGUUUCUGUUCUGUAAAAACUGCACGUGCACCACCACCUCUUGAUCCGGACGAGCCUGUGAAUACUGCCCGAGCCGUAGCAUCAUGGGGACUGGAUUACAUAGUACUGACAUCUGUGGACCGUGAUGAUCUAAUCGACGGUGGUUCAAUUCACAUUGCGAAGACCGUACGAGAAAUAAAAAAACGGAACUCAAAUAUUUUUGUGGAAUGUCUGGUGCCAGAUUUCCGUGGCGACAUGCAAUGCGUAGAGACCAUCGCAAAGUGUGGUCUCGACGUGUACGCUCAUAAUAUCGAAACUGUGGAGAAACUUACGCCAUUUGUAAGAGAUCGACGUGCUCAUUACAGGCAGACACUUUAUGUUCUACGAGAAGCAAAAAAAUUUAAUUCGAAUCUAAUUACUAAGAGCUCGUUAAUGCUAGGACUAGGUGAAACUGAUUCUGAGGUGGAGCAGACUAUGUUGGAUCUACGGGAAGCUGGAGUUGACUGCCUUACCCUUGGACAAUAUAUGCAACCAACAAAAAAACAUAUAAGCGUCAUUGAGUACGUUACGCCAGAAAAGUUCAAGCAUUGGGAAGAGCGAGGUAAUAAACUUGGCUUCCUGUUUACAGCUAGCGGGCCACUUGUACGCAGCUCGUACAAGGCUGGUGAGUUUUUCAUAACAAGUGUAUUAAAGAACCGCCAAGCUGAUAGCAUAACGCCAAAGAAGUCAAAUGUGUGAAUAUGUCUCACCCAUGUUGUUAUUCUCAAUUUAAAUGAAUAUAUUUUUGUUACCUGUUUUAUCAAAAAAAAAAAUAUAUAUAUAUAUAUAUAUAAAUUGUUGAAAUUUGCUCUAUAAAAAUAAACAAUUUUUUAACUGAA